AUGUUUAAAAACAUACAUCUAUGUGUCGCGUCUCGAUUUUGUCGUUAUGCUUCGCGUAUUGUUGGUAUAGAAUGGGAAUUACGAGGAUUGGAGCACUGGGAUAAUGAACAGUGUUAUAUAGUUAUUUCGAAUCAUCAGAGCUCAUUAGAUAUUUUGGGUAUGUUUGAGAUGUGGCCUCGAAUGAAGCGGUGCACAGUUGUAGCAAAAAGACCCCUAAUGUUUGCUGGAGCAUUUGGAUUCGGGGCUUGGCUUUCGGGUCUUGUUUUCAUCGAUCGUCUUAAAUCUGACAAAGCUCGCCGACUAAUGAAACAAGCUACUGACAGAGUUAUACGCGAAAAGACUAAGUUGUGGAUAUUUCCUGAAGGUGCAAGAUAUAACAAUGGUAAUAUACAACCAUUUAAAAAAGGGGCAUUUUAUCUAGCCAUAGAUGCCCAAGUACCUAUAAUGCCUGUUGUUUUUAGUCAAUACUACUUUCUGGAUAAUGAGACAAAAACUUUUGAACCAGGUAAAGUAGUGAUUACCACAUUGCCACCAAUAUCAACAAAAGGGAUGACUCGGAAUGACUUAGAAAAUCUGUCUGAAAUGGCACGUCAGAAAAUGAUAGAAGUAUUCAAUGAAAGCUCCAAAGAUUUAGUUAAGCAAAAGAAAAUCGCAAUUUAA